AGGCGCCGCCCCCUCGGCGAGCUCCGCGACCCAGCGGCCUCGGCAGGACCCAUGGCGGACUCCUCGCCCGCGCUGUCCCAGCGGGAAGGCGGCCCCCGCGCGCCGCCGCCGCCGCGCUCGCGCUCCGGCUCCGAGUCCGAGGAGGCCGAGCUGUCGCUGAGCCUGGCCCGCACCAAAACCCGCUCCUACGGCAGCACGGCCAGCGUGCGGGCGCCGCUGGGCGCCGGCGUCAUCGAGCGCCAUGUGGAGCACCGCGUCCGCGCCGGCGACACGCUGCAGGGCAUCGCGCUCAAGUACGGAGUCACGAUGGAGCAGAUUAAAAGGGCCAAUAAACUGUUUACCAAUGAUUGUAUAUUUCUGAGGAAAAUUUUGAACAUCCCAGUUAUAUCAGAGAAGCCUUUGUUGUUUAAUGGACUUAACUCCAUUGAUUCUCCAGAAAAUGAAACUGUUGAUAGCAAUUUUUCUCAUGAAGAGGAGCCAGUGGUGGUUGGGAAAGACCUCCCUCCUUCCAGCCCUCAAGAAUCUGAUGUUCAGCCGGUGCAGGCUGAAGAUGUGUCAGCCAGAGAUUUCUUGCAGAGACUUGACUUGCAGAUUAAGUUAUCAACACAGGCAGCCAAGAAACUAAAAGAAGAGAGCAGAGAUGAAGAAAGUCCCUAUGCAACUUCCCUCUAUCACAGUUAGGAGAUUAGAGGGCAUAACUCUAAUCUGGAUUAAGAGAUGCUUGGACCAUAAAGAAUCCAACAACUGAAGAUUCAAAAGCAUCCCUUUUGGAUUCCUGUAGCAUACAUCUUAAAAUCAUAAUUAAGUAGUUCCACCUACUGCAAUUGCACUGAAGCGAUUAGUUCCCUCUGGCUUUCUAUAAUAUUAAGUCUUUGCUAUGGCAUGAUAGCAAAAUUAUAUCCUCGAUCUCAUCACUUUUGUAGGUGGUAGUAGUUUUUAGGCUAGCUUUUGUAAAUACUGGUUGACAGAAAGCAUCAAAGACUAUAUAUUCAAGUUGAAAACAAUGCUUAUCUCCUGAUGAAAUCCUAAUUAUGUGAAAAACAUGGUUGCUGUUGAAGUGAUGCUGAUUUAUUGUGUGUUUAUAACU